UUUAUGAUUUUGACGGUUGUUGUUCACAGUUUAAAAAUUGUUUACAUUUUUGUAGAAGACCGGUUUUUUCGUUUUUUAUAAUGAUUUUCUCAUUUUUGUAAUCCAUAGACUAAUUUAUUUGCCCAAAAACGAUUAUUCAUUAAGAACAAUGGAGAUAGAAGGAAGCGAUAGUGAAAAAAACAAAGGAGAAAAAAAUCGAUACACUCCAAUAAUCCAUUUAAAUGACUAUGAAAGAAAGCUACUACUUCAAUGUGCUGGUAAAUUUCAAUUAAAUAAAUAUUUUGAAUCACUAGACACUAUUAAAAUUGAAAUGCACGAGAAAUUCAUCCAGAUGUCGAAAUUAUUUAAAGAUUUCGGCUAUGCAAGGAGCGCUAAUACAUUAGGGCAUCAAUACCUGCCUCUUAAACGUCAGGCAAUGGAGAGAAUGUCAUUAUUUUAUGUCAAAAGACGUGGUGUGAAACCCAGAAAAGUGGAUUAUAUAUUUGCAUAUUUAUUUCCUAAGUAUUUUGAGGGCCUCGGUUUGGAUAUGAAUGAAUUGAUGGCAGAUGCUAAAGUAUAUGCCACGGGACUCCUAGAAAGUUUAGCCCUUGCCGAAGGUCAAGAACACCCUACCAGAUUUGAGGAUAUAGCAUCCUUAGAGCAUUCAAACGAGGUCAAAUCUCAUCUAAAUUUAAAGAGACCUCAUUCCGAGGAAGCCGAAGGACCAACAAAUAAAAUCACCAAAGAAGUUCACGAAGACGAAGAUGUUUGGCUCAAAAGAAUGUUGGAUAUAACACGAGAAAGAAAUAACUGUGAAGCUGCCACAUCCGAAUCUUCAGCGAAUGAAAAUAAUUAUUCAACAGAUAUAAAUACGCUUAAAGCCAAACUUCUGGAUAUAGAAAAUGAGAUAAAGAAGAAAGAUCAUAAGCUUGAAAUGAAAAAUUUAGAAAUUUCACAUUUAAACGAACUGCACGCUAAGAACUUAGAAUUAGAAAAAAUGAAAUUUGCGAUACAAUUUCAAAUUGUUAAAAAUAAAAACUAGCUUAGUAGAUAGGCCUGAUAGGCUAUGUAUUUCCUGGACCAUCCCCUAAAUCGCAACCCCUUGGACGAUCCCUUAAAGCGCACCCCCUUGGAUUAUCCCCUAAAUCGCAACCCCGGUCUUAAAUUCCAAACGGCUUAACGUAGGAUGACGUGUGAGAGCUCGUUGGAAAGGGGAUGAAAUUUGGGGUUGAAUGCAGUAUGUGCCGUGCGCAU